CAUGUCGACAGAAAAAAAGGCUUUGGGCAGGGCCGACAUCACCAAUGCCGACACUGAGGCGGGAGAGGUUCAUGUCAUCCCCCUCGAGAAAGCAGGAAUCGACCAGCAAGCAGCCAGUAAAGACAAAGCUCUCGGCUUGCUCGCAACCCACCAUGUCAAUUUCGACCCAAAUUCCACAGAGGCCAAGCGCGUGCUACGGAAAAUCGACAUGCGGAUAAUGCCCAUGGUGUUCGUGGUCUACAUGUUGCAACUGAUGGACAAGAACAGCUUAUCAUUUGCCGCCAUCAUGGGCAUCAAAACUGAUUGCCAUCUCACGGCCAAGCAGUAUUCGUGGCUGGGAUCGAUCGUUUAUUUUGGGUAUCUUGGGGGCGAAAUUCCUGCCACGUUCCUGAUGCAGCGAUUUUCUCUAUCGAAGUAUUUCUCGAUCAUGUGUAUGCUCUGGGGGAUCGUUGUAGCCAUGCAUGCCGUAUGCCAGGACUUCGCCAGUCUCGCAACUGUCCGAUUCCUCCUUGGAGCAAUUGAAGUCUGCACAGCUCCCGCUGUGAUUUACAUCACGGGGUCCUGGUACAUCAAGAGUGAGCAAAUCACAAGAGUUGCAAUCUGGUACACGACAUCCGGCUGGGCCAACGUCUUCGGCGGCCUCUUCGCCUUCGCCAUUAACCACGCCAAAAGCUUCAAGUGGCAAGGCUUGUUCGUCUUCUAUGGAUGCCUCACCUUUUGCAUGGGCGUCAUCCUGUUCUUCUUCCUCGCCGCUUCACCAACCCAGGCCAGCUGGCUCACGGAUGAGGAGAAGACUAUUGCUCUUGAGAGAGUCCGAGAGAACAAGACUGGCUCCGAGGUCUGGCGAUUCAACAAGUCGCAGUUAUUUGAAUGUUUCACGGACAUUCGGUUUUACAUGAUGUUUCUGCUGUUGGUCUCCACUGGUCUUCCAAAUGGUGGUUUGACUGCUUUUGGUCCUUCAAUUAUUGCCAGUUUUGGUUUCAAUACAGACCAGUCCACACUUCUAAACAUGGGAUCCGGUGCAUGCACAGUAGUCGGUACGAUCAUGGCUCUGUACCUGGCAAAAUUCACUGGUCGAACGAUCGCAGGAUGCUACACGCUCUGCCUGUCCUGUAUCGGUGUUAUAAUGAUGUUUGUUAUCCCGGCUGAGCACUACGGAGCUCGAUAUGGAGGAUAUAUCCUGACCCAACAAUUCGGCGUUUGCGUGCUGUUCAUUAUCACGUUUUUGACAGCAGGCGUUGGAGGCUCCACCAAGAAAUUCGCUUUCGGAUGUGCAUACCAACUUGGCUAUGCAGUUGGAAAUAUCAUUGGUCCUCAGACAUAUGUUGCUAAGGAUGCUCCAAAUUACUACCCUGCCAAGUACACUAUGCUUGCCUUCUUACUUUUCACGAUCUUUCUUUUGACUUCAUAUGGCCUUAUUCAUAAGAUGUGGAAUAAUAAGAGAGACAAGCAGGAUGUUCUUGAUGCUCAAAAUGGCAUUGUUCAUGAGCACAUUGAGAAUGAGGAGUUCGCCGACUUGACGGACUUCAAGUUGAGGUCUUUCAGGUAUCCAUUGUAGGGUAUUUGGGUGAUAUAAUGGAAUAAAUAGUGCUGGCACACAUUUGUCCUACAGAUUUAAAAAUAGUGGAAAGGUGUUGAUUUGAUGGAGCCAUAGAAACAUAUUAAUUUCUUUCUCCACGA